AUGUCGUACAACAAUGAUGGUUAUUAUCAGCCACCUUACUCUUCGGCAUCUUCAAUGCAGACACCAACUCGUACUCCACCACCGAUAGUCGAUGCUCCAACAAACCCUUCAACAGCUAUAUUCAAUGCUAUAUUACAUGACAAUGUAGGAUUAGUUAGAUCAAUUUUGAACCAAACACAUUAUGAUCUUAAUAAUCUUAGGAACAAAGAUGGAAAAACUCCUCUUAUGGUGGCUGCCUGUGAGAAUUGUCCUCAUGUUACUAGGUUUCUAUGUAAACUAGACAAUUUAAUAAUUGACUUUCAAAACAAUGAUGGUGAUUCAGCAUUGCACCAAGCAUCUGCUGCAGGAAAAGUUGAAAUCGUUGAAAUAUUGAUUAAUGCAAACGCGUGUGUCGAUUUGUGUAAUAAUGAAAAUAUCACUCCGCUUAUUGUCGCCGCUUAUAAUGGUCACGCUGACGUUUGUCAAGUUCUUAUUGAUCUCGGUAAUGCAAAUGUCAAUUCCCAAGAUAAUUCACGUAAAUCAGCUUUAACCUUAGCAGCUUAUGAAGGACAUAUGGAAGUUAUCAAACUUUUAUUGUCUCGAGGGGCCGAUGUCAACAUUAUAGACGAGUAUGGUUGGACACCUUUGAUGCUUGCGGCGUUUUCAGGUCGUUCAAAUGUGUGUCAUUUAUUGUUAGAAAAUAAUGCUAACAGGCAUAUUACUGCAAAAAACGGUAAAACUGCUGUUGUUCUUGCAAGAGAAGCUGGUCAUCAUGGUACUGCGGAUUGCAUAGAAAAUUAUGUUUCCGGUGUCCCUCUACCUCUACCAAGUAGAAUCCAAGCUCCUCCAUCAAAUAUUGCUCCAAAGGACUCAUCUGAUCCAGUACCAUAUUCUGCUCCAUAUGCAAAAAGCGAUUACUUCCAUAUUCCAAUACCAAGUGUGGAAGACCCUUAUUCAUCACCAAGAGGAUUUAUGAUGCCCCUUGAACGCAGAGAUACUAGAAGAUCCCUUCAGCCUAAAAAUUCUAGCCGUCGCAAAACACUGUAUGUUAAUGUAGACGUAAAUUCUACUGGAGAUAAAGUGCCACAUAUCACCACAGCACCUCAUGUAAGAAAAGACAUGGCUCCUAGAGAUAAGAAAACUUUAUGGGUUUACUUCUCUUGGGCUGUCACUGCAUGUUGUAUAGGUCCUUUUUUGUCAGCAUGUUGCCGAAUGAAAGACCCUAAUACUCGUCAGGCGUGGCGUGAAAAAGUAGCAUUGUGUUUCAUUAUUUUAUGUAUCUCCUUAUUUAUGGGAUUUUUGACAUUCGGAUUUUCACAAUUUGCGUGUCAAAUACAACGUCCUCUCUAUCCACAAGAGAUCCUUAGACUUUACGGUCCUGAUGCACCAGGCAUGAAAGUACAUAUUGUCCGUGGUCGACUUUAUAAUACUGGUGUUUAUUUCUCUAGUGGUAGCCAUCGUCCAAUCUUCCCUUUUAAUGAUUCGGAUUUAUUUCCACUUGUCUCUGAAAGGUUUGGAAAAGAUAUUUCGGACUACUUUCCACCGGAUAAUCAAGCUUUAGGAUGCAAUAUUAUUCCAGUAAAUAAUGGUAGCAUUUGCGAUUUAGCUAUUAAAACCGGUGACAAUAGAUAUCAUUGUCACACCUCUCCCGCUUCAAAUGAAGUAUUAAAAAAUUUAGAUUUAAACCUUUUCGUUGGGUAUACGUGGGAUAAUAUCAGUAAUACUAAAAAUAACUUGUUUGUAUAUAACGAGAACGUCUAUGAUUUGAGCGCAUAUUUAAAUUUACAAUCAGACAAUCAGUGGUUUGGUAGUAAUGCGACCGCUUGGCUUUUAAGUCUUGUGGGCCGUGAUGCUACAAUGGAUAUAAUUCGUACCCAAAAAACCAAAGGUAUUGCUAAAUGCUUUGACCAUUUUUUAGUGGGUAAAAUUGAUGGUACAACUAUAGGAUGUGUAGCAACAAGUUCAAUUUUACUUAUGAUGACCAUUAUUUUUAUCAGUAUUACUUUGAUCAAGUUCUUAUCUGCCGUAGCUUUCGAUUGGUUUUUAUCAUGGCAAUUGGGUAAAAUAUCAAAGGUGCCAAAACCGGACGAUGAUAUUACACAUAUAUUAUUAUUGGUUACAUGCUAUUCAGAAGGCGAACAAUCAAUGCGCACCACACUUGACUCCUUAGCUGAAACCGAUUACUCUGAUAAACACAAAUUACUAUUCGUAAUUGCUGAUGGUAAUAUCACUGGUUCAGAUAAUGACAAACCGACACCACAAAUUUGUAAAGAUUUGUUAGAACCUUUUGAUCCAACUGCACCUGCACCAGAACCUAAAUCUUAUCAUGCUAUUGGUGACGGAUUAAGACAACACAAUAUGGCAGAAGUUAGUAUAGGGUACUAUGUUGCUGGCACCCAUCGUGUUCCCAUGUGUUUAGUAAAUAAAAUUGGAACCGAACUAGAAAGGAAAGGUCCUAAAGCUGGUAACCGUGGAAAGCGCGAUUCUCAAUUAAUAUUAAUGAAAUGGCUUAGUCAUAUUUGCUUUGAUGAACGUUUGACACCUUUGGAAUUUGAAUUGUUCGAAAAAGUUCGUACUCUGACCGGCGUAACACCUAACGCAUACGAAAUGGUUCUUAUGGUGGAUGCGGAUACGUCCGUUAAAUCUGAUAGCGUUAGUCACAUGGUUGCAGCUAUGGAACGUGACCCAAAAGUUAUGGGACUUUGUGGUGAAACAAAGAUUGCAAAUAAAUCUACUAGUUGGGUUACCAUGAUUCAAGUAUUUGAAUAUUAUAUUUCGCAUCAUCUAGGGAAAUCCUUUGAAUCGAUUUUUGGUGGUGUUACUUGUUUGCCUGGAUGUUUCUGCAUGUACCGUAUCAAAGUGCCAAAGUAUGAUGGUCACAUGGUACCAAUCCUUGCGAAUCCAGAUAUUGUAGAAGUAUAUUCUUCAAAUAACGUAGAAACGUUACAUCAAAAAAAUUUACUACUUCUUGGAGAAGAUCGUUAUCUUACAACCUUAAUGUUACGAACAUUCCCAAAACGAAAGAUGAUAUAUGUACCCAGCGCUAUAUGUAAAACUGUAGUACCAGAUAGUUUCAAAGUUUUACUAUCACAACGCCGACGAUGGAUUAAUUCAACACUACAUAAUUUAAUGGAACUUAUUUUGGUACCACAACUUUGUGGUAUAUUUUGUUGUUCUAUGCAGUUUGUAAUUUUCUUGGAAUUGGUUGGAACUGUAGUAUUACCUUCAUCACUCUUGUUUAUGAUAUAUUUGGCUUUUUCAGCUAUGCGUGGUAGUGACGUAUCAGUGCCCCUUAUAUUUAUAGCAUCCACAUAUUUUUUACAAGCUUUUUUGAUAAUUUUUACGUCACACCGACCUGUGUACAUUAUGUGGAUGAUCGUAUUCAUACUUGCUACACCUAUAUGGUAUUUCAUAUUGCCAUUAUAUGCAUUUUGGCAUUUCGAUGAUUUUUCAUGGGGAGCAACUCGCAAAAUCACAGGUGAGGAUAAUGGGCAUGGCGGUAAUGAUUUUGAUCAAUUUGACUCUGCUAAAAUUCCGAUGAAAAAAUGGGCCCAAUGGAAAGCCGAGCAAAUGAACAUAAGUGAAAAAAUAAUAGUUGAUGAGUACAGAAUUAAUAGAAAUAAUAACAAUAAAGGACUUACAACACCACAAAAGGUUCCCUUAUCUGAAAGACAUAAUCAAAUGAACAAUUUACCACCUGGUGAAAAUAACGGGGAAACUACGAAACAAACUUCACGUGAUUAUAAGUAUACUGGUAGAAAACCAGUUGGUGAACUACAGCCUUCAAAUGGACAUAGAUUUGAUAGCAGGAGGCCAGUUGGUGGACCAUCACAAGCUAUAGCAUUUUCAUCUAGUGAUGUGUCACAAAAUAUAGCUCCAUCACCAGGCCAUAAUGGGUCUCAGUCUAGGUCACUGCCUAGAGUACCUUUAUCUAGAACAAAUUUUGAAACGAAUGGAAAGCCUAUUGGACCUAGGUCACCUGAAUCCAAUAAAAGUUAUGGUGACCCAAGUAUAGUUUAA